CUUCCAUAAGUACAACCGACGUCUGAAGAGUACAAGAAAUUUUUUCAAGUCUGGCAUGUGAUCGUCACUGAGCAGGAAACUGGAAAUAUUUUUUUAAUGGAUGUGCAGCUUUCAGCUGCAGCAUCUUCAAGCUUUGGAGCAUCAGCACUUGAAUCUCUCCACUAGUCGUUCAUUCCAUGGACCAUGGAGUGAUUAGUUUUCCCAUUUUAUUUCCCUACGAGAAUGACUGUAGCUACAUCGUCUGAGUCGGAAGCCUGACGUAACCUUAGUGAUGAGGCAAAUUGCAGACCUGAAUUGUGGAUGUUUGAUUCACUGCUGAAGGUUUCUUGCGCAAAGUAAAGAAGGGGAUUCCUUCAUCUCAUGUGCAGAGAAGCUUUCUGCCGAAGAGACGGGAUAUGCCUGAUUGCUAAAAAUCUAGUCACAGAUCUCCGUCCUCUGGCACAUGGGAUGCCACAUUGCCUCGUAUUGGGCAUAUACCGCUUCGACAUUUUUGGCACAUUCUAACACCGCGUCACCCAGACACCGCACAGAAUGCGGCUGCUUAUUAACAGCCUCAAUUCUAUGGAUGCUCGAUGUUUGAUGCCCGACCUAGCUCCAGUACCCACAUUAUAAUUUACUGCAAAACCAACCGGUCCACUUGUCGUGAUUUCAGAAAGAAAUAUCUGCUCCUCGGUCGAACCCAGGACGGAGCAAUAUAUGAUUGAUGGUCGUCGGGUCAGUGAUUCAGUCCACUGCAGUAUUGGCGCCUGCAGCUCUGGGUGCUGGGAGGUCUGACCACGCGAAGGAUCACAACAAGAAAUUCGAGCAAAGGUCAAAAUGCAAGCGAAAUGAAAGACCUGUUUAGAUUUCCCAACAGUGAAGCCUUCAGUCGUAGAGUGCAGAUUUCGGAAUUGUGGUGGGAAAUCAUUUGACGAGGAUGACAGAUAUUGCAGCCCACGUACAUUAGUCAGCUGGGGACGCAUCUUUGAUCCCGAGUCCCCCGGUGAACAAGGUUGAGAACAUCCUUCCGACUCGCACAGUUCCUCUACACGUACACGAAGGGCAUUUCAAGGACUACCGACCGAACUGCAGUGGACUCAGGCAUGUCGCAAGACAUGUUCCAGCCGUGGCGAUCGGAGGAUCUAAUUAAACCUCCAGUUUCCAAGGCCGCAAUUCCUCAAAAUGUGGAGGAAAGUUGAGGACAUGUUGUGAGUCCGGAAGCUCUGACUUCCACGACGCUAACUUUUCGCAGAGACGACGCGGGGCCCAACUCACGAGAGAAAUCCGUAGAGGAAUUGUUUAAUUUAGAAUUGGACAGAGGGAGCAGCAGAUUGGUUCAGCAUCGGCACUGCCAUGCAGAAUGGGAGGGGAGUACGCCAUUGGAGAGCCGGAGCCACUUUUUUCGUCCAUUGCGCUGCGGAACCCCUUCAAAAAAAGACGAUCCAUGCACUUUCUGCAAGUGUUGUAAACGACAGAAUUCGUCGAGCGCUGCGCGGGCUGCCCUGCUCAGCACCUCCGAUCUGACUCGCGGAAUAAGAUGCUCCGCACAAAUUCACCACCACCUCCCCCGCGCUUGCUCGCGCGCGGUGUUCACGGUGACAGUGCGGCCUUGCUUGCUGACCCACACAAUUAGCCUCCAGAUCUUUGCACCAAAGAUGGGUCGUGUGUGGGGCUGGGUCCGAGGCUUCCAUGCACACUGAGGCGACCUCGAUUAUAAGUCCGGGGCGCUCUCUCUGAUCCAAUAUCGCAACGAUUCGAUUCUCUCAUUCAUUCCUACGUCCAGCUCGAAAUCCAGCUCGAAAUUCGUUCUCUUUCCGUGUUUGCUCAGUUCGGCCUUCGAUUGCUGUUUGCCAAUUCGUGGUUCGAUCAGCGAUGGCGCCUCCCGAUGUCGAAUUCUCGGCCCCUCUGAGGCUGCCGAGCGUGAUCAUGAGCGUGAAGAAUGUGGACACGGAGAAGAUUUUGAGCGAGCAGAAUGCGGGAGCCCGAGGCAACGCGCUGGGCGACGCCCUCGCGACGCUGGCGCCGGCGGUGGCCGCCGCAGCUGAGGCGGAGCCGCAAGGAGCUCUGGCGAACGCGGUGGAGGUCUCGAGGAUGCUGCGCGACGGGAAGCUGGCCGAAGUGCCGACGGCGUUCAAGUUCCCCGAGCAGAUGCGAGCCACCAUAGCGCACGACGAUUUCUGCGACGAUAAGGACAUUCCGGUGAUCGAUCUGACGCCCGUCUGGGCCGAGGACGGGGCGGGCAUGGAGAAACUCGUCGACGACAUCGCCAGGGCCUGCGAGACCUCGGGAUUCUUCCAUGUCGUCGGGCACCAGGUUCCGGAUCGGUGCGUGAAGCAAAUGCAGGCCCACGGCAGGACGCUGUUCGAGCUUCCCUUGGACCGCAAGCUCCAGGGCUCCUUCGCUGCAGGAUCCACUGCCCAGCGUCGGGGUUACAGCUGCACUCCGAAGACUGUCACUCCGUCCCCAGCUCUCAUCUGGCAAGAGGGUUUCACCGUCCUCGGCGGCAAGACGGGCCAAGUCGAUGUCGAAUCCUACGCCGAGAAGAUCUGGCCCGACGAUGUCGAGCAAAGCAAGGAUUUCAGCCAAGUAUAUCAGGAGUACGCGGCACAUUCCAUGAGGUUGUCGCUCGUGCUGAAGGACUUGCUCAUCAAGAGCUUGAAGGUGGAUCCGGCACACUUCGAGCAAUAUUUCGAGUCACCGGUGCAAGUGGUUCACCUCACGUACUAUCCGCCCUCCCCGUCGCCACUGGAGGUGAUGGGCCUCAACCCACACUACGACAUGGGCUUCCUCACUCUCAUCGCGCAGGACGAUGUUCCAGGUCUGCAGCUGCUCGGAAAGGACGGCAACUGGUUUUCGGUCAGACCGGUUCCCGGCGCUUUCUGCUUUAACGUGGCCGACUCUCUCGAGGCUUUGUCGAACGGGAGAUUUCGAAGCAAUCUGCACAGAGUAUUGGUGAACAAGGAGAGGCCACGACUGUCCAUCAGUACGUUUCUGGCGCCGGACUUCAACAAAAGCGUCGACCCAGCUCCCGAGCUCGUCGAUGACGAGCACCCACGAGUGUACAGACCUUUCACCUUCGGAGAGUAUAUGUCCACGAUACGAGGCGCGCACCUCGACCACAUUACCAACUGUGGCCACCUGCUUGACUUAGUCAGAAUAGACGCAUCGACCAAAUAAUUCCCCAGAUCGAUCAUCAUCCUCAUGACUGGAAAUUGGAUUCAUGAGCUACUGCAGUUCCUGUACAAUUUUAGUCAGCCUCGUUCAUUCUUUAGCCAUCCACGUCCCUCACAUGACUGAAUGUCGCAGUAGGAAUAGCGAGAUCCACUGUCUGUAGUUAGUCAAAUGCCUCUUGAAUUCCGGUCUAUGUGAAUAGCGUCAUCCAUGAACAACCAGCUCCUGUGCACGACAAGACCAAUUACAGAAAGUUGACCCACGAAUGUUUCUGAUGCGAGGCACAACACCGUGCAUCACGGUUUGGAUCCUCUGUAAAUACCCUUCUAAAAACUCUCUCUUAUAACGUGGGCGAUCGUCGAGGUCUUCAACAUUAGCAGAUUCGGAUUGUGUCGUGACCAGAACUCCCUUUCGCCCGCAUGCAAUUGCAUGAAGGCAGAUAGCAGUCGGUCCUGCAGUCUAAUAUGCAUAUACUCAGUUAGAUGCAGACCAAGUUUUUCUUGGAUUCUGGUGCUUCUUAUGUUCAUGCGAUCGAAUCUGAAUGAAAGAAUAUCCAG